UUAGGGUUGAGUUUAUCCAGCUAGCCCUGGAGUACAAGCCCCUGAACCUAGGCCAGGGUCUGCCUGAUGAUCUUGUUCCUAACUACGUCAUCGAUAGUCUCAGAGAUGUGAUAAAUGAUCCUUCAGUUUUUAUGCAUCAGUAUACACGAGGAUUUGGACAUCCCCGGCUGGUGAAUGCAGUAUCAGCUCUGUACACUAAACUCCUGGAUAUAGGACACACUAUAGAUCCUAACAAGGAGGUUCUAGUCACUGAUGGAGCAUAUGAAGCUUUGUUUACAGCAAUCCUUGGUCAUGUGAACCCUGGAGAUGAAGUUAUCAUCAUUGAACCCUACUUUGACUGUUACGAACCCAUGGUUAAACUGGCAGGAGGAGUUCCUAGGUUUAUCUCCUUGAAACCGACUAAAACUGAUGGGAUUACUUCAUCAGGAGACUGGAAAUUGGAUUCUGAAGAACUCAAGCAAGUUUUCAACUCUAAAACUAAGGCGAUCAUCUUCAACAACCCGAAUAACCCCCUGGGGAAGGUUUUCAGUCUCCAGGAGAUUGAAGAGAUCUGUGGGCUCUGUAAAGAGCACGAUGUUCUAAUGAUCAGCGACGACGUCUACGAGCACAUGGUGUUCGACAAUCACAAGAUGAUUAGGGUGGCAACCCUGCCUGGGAUGUGGGAUCGAACGAUCACGAUCGGAUCGGCUGGGAAGACUUUCUCUGUGACCGGCUGGAAGCUUGGCUGGGCAUACGGGCCUGAACAUCUUAUCAAGAACUGUCAGGUCGUUCAUCAGAACUGCGUGUACGCCUGCCCCACACCGAUUCAGGAAGCAGUUGCGCGCGCGUUCGAGCUGGAAAUGACGCGCUUGGACUCCCCCGACUGCUACUUCCGGUCUAUUUCCGCUGAUCUGGUCGCAAAAAGAGAUUUCAUCGCUCGUGUACUCACUGAUGUAGGUUUUAAACCGGUUAUUCCCGAGGGAGGUUACUUCAUCAUGGCGAACUGGAAAGAUCUUGCAUACAAAAUCGAUUUGAGCUCGGAAACCGAUAAACAGCGCGAUUAUAGGUUUGUAAAGUGGUUGAGUAAGAACCGGAAAAUCCAGGGAAUACCUCCAUCAGCUUUCUUCAGUCAGGAUCACAAAUACAUCGGAUCCCCUCUUAUAGGCAAUUUUAUCCCAUCAGAUAAGUAA